AUGGCCGGACCACCGCCGCCUCUCCCGCCGUACGUCGUCGUCUUCGGCCCCGACGCAAACUGCACCCUCGACAUCUGCGACAUCCACUACAGCCUGUACAGGUACCGCCCGAACCUCGCCGUCAACGCCCUCUUCCUCGCCCUCUACGGCAUCGCCGGCCUCGUCCACAUCUUCCUCGGCAUCCGCUGGCGCUCCUACUGGUUCAUGACCUUCAUGGUCCUCGGCUGCCUCAGCGAGAUCGUCGGCUACAUCGGCCGCAUCAUGCUCUACCACAACCCCUUCGCCUUCGUCCCCUUCAUGCUGCAAAUCGUCUUCAUCACCAGCGGCCCCGUCUGGUACACCGCCGCCAUCUACGUGACCCUCUCCAAAGCCAUACUGGUGUCAGAACGCCAUAACCGAGAGACAAAAGCGCUGACUCAGGCGGAACACAUUAGCAUCACCCACCUCGGGCCCGAACUCGCACGCCUCCCUCCCAAGGCGCUCUACUGGGUCUUCAUCGCCCUGGACGUGUCGUGCCUGGUGAUCCAGGCCGCCGGCGGCGCCAUCAGCACCGAUUCCAAGGGCGACUCGGACCUGGGCGUCAACCUGGCCAUGGGCGGCCUCGUCAUCCAGGUCGUCGUGAUCGUCGUCUUCUGCGCCGUCUUCGCCGACUACAUGAUCCGGUACACGCGGUCGAGCUACACGCGCAAGCUCAUGCAGCGCGAGAAGAUCUUUUUCGGGUUCCUGGCGCUGGCCGUCGCGCUCAUCCUCGCGCGGUGCUCGUACCGUGUCGAUGAGCUGAGCGAGGGGUACUCCAACUCGACGAAGGUUACGGACGAGGGGCUGUUUAUCGGCUUGGAGGGAGUACUGAUUGUUCUCGCUGUUUUCUCGCUGUGUCUUGGACACCCCGGCCUCGCUUUCGAGAACAAGACCGAGAGGGCCGAGGACAGAAAGGAGUCGCAGGCGAGCGUGGAGAGUGCUAUGAGCGAGACGACGGACAAGGGCAGGUCGAGACACGUUUCUUAG